AUGUCUACUCCAAACACGCAGCCUGGAACCGGAGAUCACGAUGCUUCAGCUGGCUCCUUGGGCUUCCAGAGGCUCUGGGAGGACGCUAUGAAGAAGUACAACGAUGUUACGGGCAAGGACCUCCGUUGCUCAUCUCUCUUCGAUAAAAUGUCUGGCGCGGGAUCCAUCGAGGAAGUCGAGAGCAUUCUCAGGGAACACGACAAAGGCUUCAAGGCUUUUCGUGCCAACGGCGAGAAGGCUCGGGCUGUUAUAGCACCAAUCGUUACCCUCACGAAGCUGUUCGUCGACGCUGGUGGCGAGAUAGCUGCGGCUUCGAGUGUGGUGCCUGGUGGCAAGGCCAUUUUCACGGCGUUUGGAGUCUUUCUAGAGGUACGCCUGUCACUUGUGUCUGCGCCAUGUAAACUGUUCUUGCCCGAGCUAACGGUCAUCAAGGCAGCGGAGAAAGUUAGCAAGCGCUUUGACGACCUCGAAGGACUUCUCUCGAGGCUCGGAGGAGUUCUCAGUCGCCUCCGCAAUCACCUGCAAUCAUGCUCGGCUCUCAGCGUCGAGCUGGAAGGCAUCUUCGUCGGCGCACUCAUCCAGCUGCUCAACGUGCUCGCCAUCUGUACAAAAUACAUCAGGAAGCGGACAUCAUGGCGUACGGUGAUCUGCAAGCGCACAAAGGACUAUGGCCGGGCUCUCCUUGGAGACAAGGAUGUCGAAGAUGCCCUUAAGGAGCUAGAUAGGCUGACGGCAGAGGAACUUUUGGCCGCCGCGGCUCAGAUACUUGAUGUCGUGCAAAGCGUCGAUGCUAACGUCGGGCUGAUCGGCAACAAUGUCAUGAAACUAGGUGAUGAUGUCGAGGCUGUGGGCAAUAAUGUGGCAGAUCUGCAGGCUACUGGAGCCAAAUCUCUCAAUCUGCAUCUUGACAAGGACAUUCAAGAUUGGCUAGCUCCUCCUGAUCCAAGUCAAACUCAUGAAGAGCGGCGAACUUCACACUUGACCGGCACGUGCAUGUGGUUCUUUGACAGCAAGUUUGAGGAGUGGAAGAAUAGUAACAAUGGUGUGUACUGGAUCCAUGGAAAUCCUGGAACUGGAAAGAGUGUUCUUUGCUCGUCUAUCAUUGAGCAUGUCUCAUCCACCCCUGGCCUGCAUGUGGCCUACUUCUACUUUGACUACCGCCGCACUGAGAUGCAGACUGUGACAGGCCUGCUGGCAUCUCUCAUUUACCAACUUGCUACAUGCUCUGAACAGUGCCACAAAGUUCUGGAGCAGUUCCGCAAAGACAACAGAGCCAAGCUGAGUCCAACCAGAGAGCUUCUCAUCAGCUGCCUAGAGCGGAUACUGCAGACUUCUGCUGGGGCAGUCAUCAUCAUUGAUGCUCUUGAUGAGUGCUCACCCUCCACUAGGCAAGAUGGGCUAUUUCCUACCCUUCACAGACUGGUAUCAAAGGACAUUCCAGGGCUACGCAUUCUUCUCACAAGUCGGCCUGAGGCUGACAUCCAGAAGGCCAUGGAUGAUUUUCCUGCUCAUCAGCUCAGACUCCAUGAUGCUGAUGCACACACUCGUGACUUAGCCACCUACAUAUCCCAUUGUCUUGCUGGAGAUGACUAUUCAGAGUGGCCUGCUGAUGUCAAAGUGGUUGCUGAGAAAGAACUCAAGUUAAUGGCCAGUGGCAUGUGA